AAAUAAAUCUUCACAGUGGAACGUGCAUCGCAUAACACCGUAGUGUUGCUGUUCUCUGGUCAAGCAUCCGUACAUCAAUGGUGUGUGCAUGAGAUUCGGAGGAACCCUUCUUUGGCCUUCGUAUUUGAAUAAUCCAAAAACUGAUAGACCCGACCCGAUCCAAACUUAACUCUAUCUGGACCUCGUCGGAGGAGGGGCAAGUUUUGCAGGAAUAUGUUGAAAUCAGGCUGAUUUUAUCUUCGGUAGUUAUUGUGCUGGACUGGACAGUAGGGCGAUGGAUCACCAAUCUGGCCAGGGAUUUGAUUCAGAUGAUAGUGACCUUGAUAUGCAAGCAGAAAUUAGUGACAAACACGAGAAGGUAGAUGAAUUUUCAAAAAACUUAGAAAUAUGUGGAGGUGAAGAUGAAAUGUUUGUUGAACAACCUGUAGCAGACAUUUCAACUGAUAUAGAAGCUGUAGAACCAUUCAUAGGCAUGGAGUUCAAUUCAAGAGAGGAAGCCAGAGAAUUCUACAUUGCCUAUGGUAGGAGGAUAGGGUUUACAGUACGAAUACACCAUAACCGUCGUUCACGAGUAAAUAACCAGGUUAUUGGUCAAGAUUUUGUCUGUUCUAAAGAAGGCUUUCGUGCAAAAAAGUAUUUACACAGGAAAGAUAGAGUGCUGCCUCCUCCACCAGCCACUCGGGAAGGUUGUCAGGCCAUGAUAAGGCUGGCUUUGCGGGAUAGAGGGAAGUGGGUUGUCACCAAAUUUGUGAAGGAGCAUACUCAUAAACUAAUGAGUCCCAGUAAAGUUCCAUGUCGAGGAUCUGGGAAGCACUUGGUUAGUGAGGAUGAGAAGGAUAAAAGAAUCCGUGAGCUGUCACUUGAGUUGUACAAUGAAAGACAAAAGUGUAAACGACGUUGUGCUGCAUAUGAAGAGCAGUUAAAUGUGAUUUUAAAUGAUUUAGAAAAGCACACAGAACAUAUCUCUAAAAAGGUUGCUGCUGUAGUAAGAAGCAUAAGAGAGAUUGAGGAGGAAAAAUCAGAUUCGGAUGGUGGGCAAUUAGAGCCAUCAUAGCAUGCUUCCUCAUUGGAGACAUCCUGGUUGAGAUUGUUGAGAAGGCUAACAUUAUUCUGUCGGCAUCGCUUGAAGUAGUGUAGUGUAGCGGUCAAGUUAAACUUCAGGCAGCACAUAGUUUACCAGAAAAAAUCACAUUUUUCUGGUGUGUACCAUGUCCUGGAUUAGGUAGGUGCUUAAAGUGUAACAUCCAUUAUUUAUUGUUCUUGCCGAAAAGCGUUUCUCUUGUGAGUACUGUAUAACGUAGCCAUUUCAUUCUUCCGUUGGACUCAACAUUUUCGAGCCAGUGAUCAUGUACCUUUUCCAAGUUUGUGGGGUCGUCAUGGUUUACAUCAAA